CUAAACCAGGAAUUGAGAAAAUUUAGGAACUUGUAUACUAAUAAAGAUUAGUGAGAUUAAUACAGAUUGACCCACUUAAAAGAAGGAAAUAAAAUUGGUCAAUAUUUCCCCGUAUACUCUAUUAGGAAAAGUGAAUGCCUACAGUGAGAGACUCUUUCCUUGUAAAUACAUAAAGUCAACGAAGAAAACAAUCAUGGAGGUUGACUCUACUAAACUUAGUCUCUAUGUUAUAUUCUUCUUACCAGCAAUUAUCGCUUUUACUGCUUCUAGCUGUAAUGUGACAGGUGAUGAUAAAACACAACAGGAAAACAUCACAGUUGUAGAGAAUAGUCAGAUUAAUUUCACAUUUGAGUUACAAUCAAUAGCCGAAGAGAAAUUUCGCAUUGAUGUGAAAGUGUGUCAAGAUGCUUUGCUUCACAGAGUCUGUGGCUGCCGAUGGUUUGCUGUUAAUAAACCCAAAUGCAGUAAUGAAAGAAAUAAUUUUACUUGUGAGGUUGACAACUCAGGAAUGCACAUGUCAUUUCUUGUCAAACGCACCGACAGCGACAUCUUUUGGAUGAACUUGGGUCAUAGUUCUACUCCAGCUUUACUCAAGCACACUCAGUUGCAAGUCACCUACCCUCCACAAAUCACGCAGCUUUUUGUAAAUAGAGAACAGGUUGACGGGACCCACAUUAUUGAUGAGAAACAACAGGUCACCAUCUCCUGUAUCUUCACCAAUGGAAAUCCUCCCGUUACCAUUCACCUGCUGAAUGACACUGGACACACGUUGAGUUCAACAAUAAACACCAAGGGACCCCUUGUUAUGUUUAUUGGUGUUUACCAUUGUCACGACUCGUGGCCGACCCUCAGCUGUGAAGCGCCAGGCUCGGAACUGAACAUUUCUGUGAACAUUCUUGUCAGAUGUCCACCUCGGCUCACUCUCAUGUCCACACAAGUCGUGGAGUUGACAAGUGUUGCUGAUGGUCUCAGUGUUGGACUCAGGUCCUACACAAGCAACAUCACGAAAUAUCUGACGAAGUCUGAUUCUGGUGAAACCAUCAGGGAAGUGACCUAUGAACUGAGCGGACAUCCCCCGAUGUUCAACUUGACUCUGAGGUUAGCCCCCAAAUCAUGGACUGGACUUGGAAACUGGACGUUAAAGGUCGAAAAUGAGUUUGGGGACACAAGCAUCACUUUUGAAUUCAUCAGCACGAUAACUCAGACCGACCUUUCGCCGAGUUCAGAAGAUCCGCAAGAGUCUGUGACCACUCUUGCAAUCAUAUCCGGGUGUCUGUUGAGUGUCGCCGCCUUCAGUGUUGGCAUCCUGCUUCUUUGUGUCAUUAAGAUGAGACACGGUGUCUGGGGUCAGUCUACAACAGCGAGAUAG